AUGGCAAGUGAAGAAAGAGGUUCCAGUUCCACAAAUUCCGUACAGAAUGGGAAAUCUUUCUCAAUCAGCAGCAUUCUAGCCAGAGAAGCAGACGAGAAGGAAAAAGCGGAGAACAAAGACAACGACAAACCGGCAGUAGUGUCCAAGAUCGGCUUUCCCUCCCUGGAGGUCAGCAAACUAUUCUCCAUGAGGCCGGAGGGGGGAACAAAUGGUUUUCCAGGGUCCCCCCUCUCCUCCCUUCCGGCCUGGUACCAAUGGUAUACUGCCGGUCAUCAUUUUCUCCAGCAGCUCCAUCAAGAAAAGGUUUCUCAGGCCAACAGCAUUGUCAACAAACUCCAUCUGCAGCCAAAAGACUUAUCGCCAAUAUUUAGAAACCCAAUCACAACCAAUCGUCCUGAAUCCGCGAGUAAGGAUUCUAAUGACAUCUGUAUCUCUCCAAGGUCAAGAUCAUCAUCACCGGAAGCCGAGGUCUCCGAUUCAAAAUCGGAUGAUGAAGGUACAAAUACUGUCUCAAUGGAGUCCAGCUUGAGCGACAGCCAAGAUGAGGACCGGAAAAAUCGAAGGAAAAAGAAAACGCGAACGGUUUUCUCCCGCAGUCAAGUUUUUCAGUUAGAAAGCACUUUUGAUAUGAAGCGAUACCUAUCUAGUUCAGAGCGAGCUGGCCUAGCGGCAUCUUUACAACUAACAGAGACUCAGGUUAAAAUCUGGUUUCAGAAUCGAAGAAACAAGUGGAAAAGACAGCUUGCAGCAGAACUGGAGGCAGCUAAUAUGUCCCAGAUUGCCGCUGGUCAUCGACUGGUCAGAGUUCCUAUUCUUUACCAUGAUACACAGGGUCAUAGCAACUCACAGGAAGUCAAUUCAUCACUUGCGCAUGCGAAUUACAGAGACUCUCUUUAUCUUGCUUCAGCUGGUUAUUCCUCUUUGUCACAAGUUCGCUCAGCAAUUGUUUGA